AUGAGGAGUCAUAUAAAGUAGUUAACAAUUACACAAGAAAAUCAUUUCCAAAACUAAAUCUUUGAAAUUACAUAAAAUAUUCGUUCUGGCAAGUAUAGGAUGGCAUUUCAAAAAAUUAACAAAGAAUUUGAAAGAUCAUUGAUCAUGUAAACAGGAUGGCGCAUUCGCUUGCAAUUAUUAAGAAGAGGAAUUGUUUGUCUUAUCAAAAUUCUCAAAUCAUAGGCUAGAAAUGGACUUAAAAAUGAAAACUAAUUACAUUUAUUGAGAAAGCUAUAACAGUUUAUUAUGUUUUACUUUGAAUUGCUUGAAAAUCAAGCAAAAGAAUAUAAAAUAUUUUAUCUUAAGGAUAUACUUUAUCGAAUAUCCUAAAUUCAGCUCUUAAUUUUUUAAUUAUCUAAACUUCAUGAAGAUGUUCGGUGUAUGUUAAUUUGGAAACCAGAAUAUUAUUUUAAGGAUUCUCGCUUCAAUAAAACUAAGUUUGAAUACAAUUUAUAAGUUGGCCAUCUUCACUUCUAAUUUAAAAUAUUUGAUUCUGCAAUAUCAUACUACAAGGAAGCCAUUGAAGAAUGUCAGCUAAUACUUGCGGAUAUUUUAGAUAAAGACUAUCACCUGAAGAAACUUUCUAGUCAGUAUUAAAAAGUGAUCACUUGGAUCAUUAUAACCCUAUAUAUCAUGACGUUUAUUUAUGAAUUGCAAUCAAAUUAUAAUAAACUAUUAGAAACCUAUAGAGUAGCUCUUUGGCUUUCAAGUUUCAUUGAUAAUUUCGAAUUAUCAGUGUUUUUGGAUGAGUAAUAUUAUUUAAACCAAAACUAAUAUAAAGUCUAUAUGUUAGAAAUUAAAGAAAUAAAUCAAAUACUUGCUCCAAUAUUUCCUUAGCCCAAGGCAAAUUAGAAUAAAACAUCAAAAAAUGAUUAUUGGACAGAUACCAAUACUAAAUUCUACAAAAAAUUCAAUAAACAAAUAAACGUGCAAUUAUACUCUAUCCUUUAAUAACCAGAGGAUACAACUUACAAAAAGAAUUAAUUUCGACUCACAGAAUAAGAAACUACUAUCCAAUCAAAUAUUCACACACCUCGUUAACAUGAGAAAUGCAGAACAUUAAAUUCUUUGGAUGAGAUCAAGAUUAGUAAAUAACCCAGUGGGAACCCAUCUUUUUAACACUCUCGUAGAACUAUUGCUAGCAUCAAUCAUGUUAAAACUAGAUCAUUUAAAUAUACAACUGAUAUUGAUAAUAUUAUGCAGAGGUUUCCAAAAAGAGAAAUUGAGUCAUUUUCGACUUUAAAAGCAAAAAAGGAAUUGGAUCUCUACUAUUAGUAAAAAGUAUUAUCCUCCUUUGAUAAGACAAUACAGAUUAAAUCUCUAAAAUCAGUGAAACAACAAAUAUCUUCUUAAUAAGAAGUAGAUAAAGUUUGUUAAUCUGAUCUUGUUGUUGGUAAAAAACUAUUAAAGUUCUAAAAAUACACACAUUAAAGAGUGGUUACAAAUUCAAAUAUAAUGAAAAUCAUUUCAGACAUUUCUAAAGAGCAGGAACAUUUAGAAGGAGUCAAUUCUGCUCGAUUAUUUGUUUAAGGAUCUUAAGAUAUUGAAUCCAAAAUACGAGUCCAAAUGUAACAAAUCAUCAAAUAAAAAUCAAUGCACAAUGAAGGGGAAUUGAUGAAUCUCAAGACUUUAGUAUCAGAUUAUGAACAAAAUUUAUCAAAAGCUCCUUCCAAUCAUGAAUAAUAAAUUGAAUAAUCCUAUAUAUCCAAAUUUUUAAAAGAAAAAAACUAUUCCAUCAUAAGAUCUAUAGACUAAUCAAUUAAACGUACAGUUCCAGAAUAAGCUAAAGUCAGAAAAUCGUUUUUAUCUCGGAUUCAAGAAAGCCUGUUUAAUAAAUGAGUAUAUUGGGUAAUUUUUAUAUAAAGUUUUAAUUUACUUGUCUUA